AUGUCAACUACUGCUUCCAAACCAUCAGCACCACAGAGUGCAGAGACUACUACACCUGCUGCCAUCGCUCCAAAUGCUGACUAUGAUAGGUCUUUGUUGCAAAAGUUCAUUGGCCAGUCAUCAUUGUUGAAGGAUGGAGUACUGGGACAAUGUGCCAUGUUUGCCAAGAUGAUGGUCACCUUCUCAUCGAUUGGUUCAUUCGAGCCAGCUCAGCUGUCUGCCAAGCAACUCAAAGGUGAACUAGCCGAGUUUGGUGUUACCGACUCCAAGAAGGACAAGAAGAAGGAUAAGGGUGACAAGAAGGAUAAGAAGGAUAAGAAAAAGGACAAGGGUGAUAAGAAAGACAAGAAGGACAAGGGAGAUAAGAAGGAUAAGAAAGAUAAGAAGGACAAGGGUGAUAAGAAGGACAAGAAGGAUAAGAAGGACAAGGGAGACAAGAAGGAGAAGAAAGAGAAGAAGGAGAAGAGUGAUAAGGAGAAGGCAAAGGAUGAGAAAAAGGCUCUGAAGAAACAAGAUAAGGAGGAGAAGAAGGGAAAGAAGAACAAGGACAAGGAUGACAAGAAGGACAAGAAGAAGCAGGAGAAGGAGGAGAAGAAGAAGGAGAAGAAGGAGAUUGGUCUCACUGAGCGUGUCAUCACUCAGACCAGAGCACUCCUGGACGACGACAAGUCUCUGGGCUUACUUGCACCAUGCAUGCAGUUGAUCAAGUGUCCAUCAGGACAGGACGAGGCCGAGUGUAAGAGGAUCAAGGAGCUGUCCAUCAAGCAGCUCAAGAGUGAGAUUUGCUACAGCCAGUUCCUCACCAACCUGCUCGAAUGCCAAAAGAGUGGCGGCAAGAACUGUGUCACCAGAAACAUCGGUCUCGCAUACACCUGCAGGAACAUCACUGGCAAGACUGGACUGUCCACUUCAGUCUUCUCCAAGUCAUACUAA